AUGGCUGAACAAAUAGAAUGUCUUGAAAGUGAAGAGAUAGAGAUAGCGACUGAAUCACCUGAGGAAGAAGCAUACAGUGAAGACCAUGGCGAGGAGAACGAGGAGUAUGAACUAGGAAAUGAAGCAGAAGAGCAAGAGGAAGUAGAAGAAGAAGAAGGGCAAGAGGAAGUAGAGGAGGAAGUAGGAGGACAUGGUGUUGAUGAGGAGGAUAUGGAGACUGAUAAAGAAAGGAGAAUGAAACAAUACGAUAAUAUCACUACUCCCACACACAUGAUGACAUCAAUGAGAGAACAAGAUGAAAGUGAAGGUGAAAUUGCUCGAAGAACCAGAUCAAAGUUUCCUCUUGUUAACACUGAUAUUGAAGAUAUUGAAGGACAAAUGAUUGCUUUGGAAUCUGAUGCAAAAGAAUCAAAGAACCAGACAAAGGACGAACAAGACCAGAGACUAGGUCGUCGACCACGAGGAAGUGUGGAGAAAGAUGUGGGAGAAGAGGCUACUGUAAUGGAUGAUCCUGAUGUCUAUAGUAACUUUUUGAAGCUACUGAUAAAAGCACGUAAGAAGGAGUGGUCACCUGGCAAAAAACCAGAGAACCAAGACCACGAUAGAACUCAGUAUAACCAGAGAACCAAGAAACACAAUGGAGAACUCAGUAUAACCAGAGAACCAAGAAGACAAGGAGAAGCUCAGUCAGAACCAGAGAACCAAGACACGAUGUCGAGACUCAGUGUAACCAGAGAACCAGACAACCAAGACAAUGGAGAACUCAGUAGAACCAGAGAACAGAACCAAAACAAUGAGAACUCAAGACCUCAUGCACACAGACAGAUCUAUCCAUAA